AGACGAACCUCGCGAGGAAACGCUUGCUACGCAGGCUAAAUAUAAUGCCGACCAGCCGAGCCAGCCUCCAAGCAAAUAUCAAAAUGGAGGACUUUUUAAAGCAUUCCAAGGUGCUCAUGUUGUGUUUUGUUUUGCUUUGUUUCGAUCGUUCUUAAUCGUAUACACAAGUCAUGCUUUGAACUAUUUUUACAAGUCAAUAACUACUUGUAGGUCGGCGAAUAAUUUAAUAUUUCUAAGCUUUACCCGGAUAGUUUUAUGAGAGUUUACUGUAGGUGUAGAAUAUCAGGGCAAUAGGAGUGAGCGAAGGGGCACGAAGGAGAGACAACUAGUGUGUUUGAAAUAAGUGGAAGUUUGUGCUUAAAGCGUUUACUUAAAUACGCUUAACUUAUUCACUGCUUGUAAAUUUUUUUCUCAGGCUAGUCAAAAUGGCUCUCCGGCAGGCCAGUAAAAGCUAGCUGCAGCUUGCCCAAAGAGGAAGCUGUAAAGCUGGUUUUCUUUGCACUAUGUUAUGUUCCCAGAGUUUGGUGUUUGUUUGUAUAAUAUUUUUGCAUUGUUCUGUUUUGUUUAUGUUGUUUGUGUAUUAUACAGUGGAAACUUCCCUAAGGGCCACCAAAAAUUUGAAGAUUGAGGGGUCGAUUACGAUAAUCGAACCACAAAAGAGAUUCAGACACGUCUACUUUCUGAAAGAGAAAAAAGCAUAGAUUGCAUGCAAUUUCUAAGUCAUGAUAUGUGUAGUUCCAUUUUGUCAUUACUAAAUUGAUUCCUUUGCAUUGUCUGAGUAGCUUAGUGCAUUAAACAGUAAAAUUGUUCAAUUUAUUGCAAGGCACCUAUACUUGCAUAACAAUUGUUAACACAAAGGAAGUGUUUGUGCUGUAACAAGUUACCACAAAGCCAAUGGAAGUUUGCUAAAUGUCUUUUAUUCCUUCCUUCAUUUAUAAAGGUCUGCUUGAAGAAUCUCACCGAGUUCAAUGAAGUUCAUGUUGUCUUAGGAAAUGAGGCUUGUGAUCUUGACUCAAUGGUGUCUUCGCUCAUUUAUGCAUUUUCCAUUUUUAAGGUAUGUCUCUUCAUGGAAGCAGAUCCAGAAAUAAAAUGUUACUUUUAAAAAGAGAUAAAACUGGGACAAAAAAUAUUUUUAUUUGCUUAAGAAUGAUUUUUCAAUGGAUUAAUAGUUUGUGCAUAAGAGAGGUAACCAUAACUAGUUAAGGAGCAGUUCAAACGUCACUAUUUUUCAUGUACCAAACCUAAUCCCUUCAGUUAAGUGCAUCAAAAGAUUGAUGUUUGAAACAAUUAAGUCCAACAUAUCUACUUUGGGUCGACCCAUGAAUUACGUUCGAGUGGCCCACAUGGGAAUUUGGACUGAGGAGUGACUUGGUAUAUCAAAUGUUGAACUUUUCAUGUGCCCAACCUAAGGCAUAAAUUACUGUAAUUUAUUUUUGGUCAUCUCCGCAGGAAAAUGAACAAUUUUCCUUGCACAAAUAUUUUUUUGUACCUUCCCCCCCCCUCCAUGAACUUAGGUAACAAGAUGCUAAGCUCUUAAAAAUCUUAAAAACAAUUAAGAGGAUUUUUUAAAAUUCAAUUCUAAACUUUACAGGCAACCAAUUUAAAUUACCUAAUAAAGGAGUAGUCUAACAAUAAUUUAUUUACUUUCACUGCAUAUAAGUCCUGCAAACAUGUUCUGUGCAGGCUGUAGCUUAUUAAUUUGAUACUCCAUAAUUAUAACAGACCUGUUACAGUGAUCUGUUUCAGUUUUAUCAUCGUUCAGUUUAAUUUAUUCUUCGGCAUCCAGUUACAAAUAUCAUCAAUACGCCUAAUUUCCAUCCUAGCCAAGUUGCAGGUCUCUUGUUUCACAUUAGGACAAAAGGACGGUAGAGUUGACUAUUACUUGUCUACAAAGGCAGUGGAUCUCUAAACAAUGUUUGUCCAAAAUUUCAAAUAUCUUGCUAGCAUGCAGUGGUCUGAAAGCACAGAGACUGUACAACACAGAGCAAUGAUUAGUGGUAUAUCAAUCAGAAAUAGGUCUUCUUUGAUAAUUAUCAGAAUUGCAUGUGGGUGAUCUAACAUGUUCAGUGAGACACAUCGAUUCCAACAAGUCAACAAAUUUAACAGUAAUCAUACAUGUACCUCUAACAAUGCUAAGGAAUCUGAUUUUAGUUUUCUAUCUUGCAAGACAUUGUCCAAUGUUCCAGCAAAACAAACAGCUGUUGUUCCUGUGUUCAACAUACCAAGGGAAGAUUUCUGCCUGCGAACAGAAGCAGUGUUUCUGUUCAAACAAUUUCAUCUUGAUCAUGAUUUCUUCACAUUUAUAGAAGAUAUAGAGUUAGAAACCUUGAUGGAAACAAAGAAACUGAAACUCACUUUAGUAGACCAUAAUGUUUUAGCCCAAGCACAGAAAUAUUUGGAGACUGCUGUCAUUGAAAUUUUAGGUGAGUGUGUAAGUAAGCUCUACAGGUCUGCCCUUUACAAACACGUUUAGAGAAUUCCCUCUUAGUAUCAGUCUGUUUUGAAAGGUUGGUGGUGCUUAUGGUCAGCCUGCUGUACCACGCACACGACUAUCUGGCCUGUGUUCAUAACUGUAUCCCAGCAGGCAACAUGCAGAGCAUCAGGGGUGGAUCUAGGGGGAGGGUGUAAGGGGUGUGCACCCUCCUUCCCCCGAGAUGACCUGUGGCUUUCUAAUACAACUGGUAUUCUGCAAAAAAAUCUGCUGUAUCGGUUGAUAUGAUUCUCAGCAGUUCACAUUAUGUUAUUGCUUAGUCAAAAGCCUUCUUCUUCAUAUUCCCUUUUAAAAAUUUGUUGAUGUCACCAGUCAGUUAAGCCAUUCCUUAGUGGUGCACCACCUGCUAAGAAAAAUCCCGGAUCCACCCCUGAGCAUGUUCAACAAAGAUUUUACUCGAUUCAUGCUGUCUUUCUCCUGUACGCCAAAAUUGAGCAAGCAAAAGAAACACUCUGCUGGCAGGGUGAGAAAGUCUUUAGUUGGUUAUUUCUAGCUAAUAUGUCCAUCAUGUGUUUUGAGUGAAAGGUUAACUUUAGAAUUUCGUUUCUUUUUAUAACAAUAAGAUCUUAGCCCUGUGUUCAGAUGCACCCUCCCCUUCUUCCCUCUUUUUUUGAGGGGAGGGGACAUCUGUACACAAGCUAUGAUAUCUUUCAGACCAUCAUCAAGAUAUGUGGCCAGCUGAACUAAAAGUCAACAAGACUAUUGAGCUAGUGGGAUCCUGCUGUACUCUUGUGGCUGAAAAGCUCUUGGCUGUAGACAUACUGGACAAUAUGAUGUGCAGCCUCUUAUUAGGAACAAUACUGCUAGACACGAUUAAUCUUGAUCCUAGAGCUGGUAAAACAACACACAAAGACAAACAAAUUGUUAGCAGAUUAAUGGAGCGACAUCCAGUUGCAGUGGAUGAAUUGUAUGCAGGUCUCAGUAAAGGUUAGUUCACAGAACUUAGCUGCACAUUGCAAGGUGGAAUGAGAGUAGCUGAUAGUGACUUUGUGGAUUCUGACGGAAGUCAGGAUAACAGUGUGAAGGCUUCUGCCUAGCCUAAUCUCUACCCUCAAUUUGUUUUUUAUGUGAAGGUAUAUUUUCCCCAGCCCAUGUUGCAUACCAUUGCUAUUGUCCAUACCAUCAAGUUUUAUAGAUCAGCUGUAAACUAAAAAAGUUAUUGAUAUAGAAAUUUUUCCUUUUUUUCUCAUCAUAGCCUGAGAAAACAGCCAACAUUUGGUGACACUACCACUGGCUUCCCGGCCAAAUGACUGGUUGAAUCAAAUUUCUCAUGCGGCACAACCAAUCAGAAGCACUAACAAGAUCUGGGUAGUGACACGUCAUCAGUAUUGAAUUGCUGCGCUCGUUUCUCAGGCAUCAUUUGGCUGGGAAACCAGUGGUAGCGUCACCAAAUGUUGACUGUUUUCUCAGGCUAUUCUCAUCAAUAAUCAUAUUCUCGCAUGUUCACUCCAAUGCCUCUUUCAUCUUAAUGGGGGGGGGGGGCUGGGGGUCAUGUUUAUCUUUUUAUGAUAACAUUGUUAUAGAGAGCCACAAGUUCCUCAGUUUUUUUUCAACUGUGAAGUAUUGCCCUCUUUUAAAUAAAGUCUUCACAUCAAAAUUUUUUUCCUAGCAAAAUUUGAUGUGUCAGCCAUCUCCACCCCAGACCUUUUACGGAAAGACUACAAAGCCUUGCCCAAGAACAGUAGUGAAGCUUUAAGUGUCAGCAUCAGCGCAGUCAGCGGGUUGUCAAUGCAAGAAUUCUUUUCAAGAGCACAAGUUCAACAUCACAUAGUGAAAUUUUGUGAAUCUUCAUGCUUGGAUGUACUGGUUAUAAUGUUUGUCUACUUUGGGGAUGGCUUAGACGAACCUCCAAGUAAACAGCUUGCUGUGUGUGGUCCAAAUCAAGAUGCUUCUGGACAAAUUGGAGAUUAUUUGUCUACUUCAGCCGAACUUAAAUUAAAGCAAUACAGUGAAAGUUAUGAGAACUGUUUUGUUUAUGAUCAGGAGAAUAUCAAGGCAACGAGAAAAGAUGUGUUUCCUCUUGUUCAUGCCUUUCUUCAGAAUAAACUCUGACUGCGCAUGCUUACGGCAUACACCCCUCGCACCCAGUGAGUCAAGUUUAUUGGAGAUGUAAUGAAGUCAUAUUUACGCUAGUUUCGGGAAUUUUUAAUGGGAUCAGAGAGAUUAAGAAUCAGUUUUACGGCAGACGUCAAAUUCAAAUUGACAAUUUCUCAAAAUGGAAAAUGGACAGGAAAAAAGUGUGCAAAGUAUUAAUUGU